AUUGGCGAUUAAGGGCGUUCUAGCGGUGUCGCAGUGACCAAUUGUGAUUUCCAAGAGCUUUAUUCAGCUAAAAGGCUACUUUGGAUAUCAAAAACCUCAAAAAUAGCUGGUACUACACUUCUGUGACUCACCAUCACAUAAACAGUCGCCGGCAGAGGUGAUCUCAACAACACAGCAGACAGUUCAAUCUCAAAGCCAACCCGGCUCCAAUUGAACUUCUCAUCCCGGAUCGAAUCUCCGUUAUCUCAUAACCUCAUCAAGAACCCAUCACUCAAGUCAUACCACACAUAAAUCAUCGCAGAAAUGAGUUCCCUGGAGUCUACCGAGGCCUCAACACAGCCUCUCUCAGAACCAAUGGACACUCACCAAGAACAAGAACAAGCUCAACCCGCCCCCUCAAACCCUCCCAUGUCCAAAAACGCCCUCAAGCGUCUCCGCAGGCAAGAAGAAUGGGAAGCCGGCAAAGACGACCGCCGCAAGCGCCGCAAGGAAAAGCGCCACGAGCGCAAGUCUCGCGUCCGCUCCGAGCGCGCCGCUCUCAUCGCUCAGGGCGUCGACCCUCUGGAGCUACAGAAGAAGAAGACGCCUUCAACUCUAGCCCCUAUCGGUAUCAUCAUCGACUGUGACUUUGAGGAGUACAUGAUGGACAAGGAGCGCGUCUCGCUGUCCAGCCAGGUCACCCGGUCGUACUCUGACAACAAGCAGGCGAGGUAUCGCUCGCAUCUCUGGGUCGCAGGCUUCAACAAGGGCAUCGCAAAGCGCUUCCACGAGGUCCUCGGUGCGCAGCACAAGAACUGGAAGGGCAUCUGGUUUCACGACGGCGACUUCACUAGCUGCGCGGCCAAGAUCCGUGAGCGCAUGAACGCCACCGACGGCAGCGGAGGCGAAAUGAUUGAGUCGCUGCAGCGCAGCCUCGACGAGGCUCCCGCGUGGACUCGUGAUGAAACCGACCCUUUUCCUAUUCCUGGCCCGGAGCCGCCCCUGGAUGAGGCGAACAAGGACGUUGUGUACUUGUCAUCUGAUUCCCCUUACACACUUGAACGCCUGGAACCAAACACAUGCUAUGUCGUAGGUGGACUGGUUGACAAGAACCGCGAAAAGGGCCUUUGCUAUAGACGCGCGCGGGAAAAGGGCAUCCGUACAGCAAGAUUGCCAAUUGGCCAAUUCAUGGUAAUGCAGAGCCGGCAAGUCCUAGCGACGAACCAUGUUGUUGAGAUUAUGCUCAAGUGGCUAGAGUGCGGCGACUGGGGCCAGGCGUUUUUGAGCGUGAUCCCAAAGAGAAAGGGCGGAAGAUUAAGGGGUGAGGAUGCCGGCGAUGGUGAAGGAGGUGAGGAAGAGGGUGAGGAAGCAGGUGAGGAGGAGGAGCAGGGGCAGGAUGAAGAAGACGAUGAGGAGGAGACAUCAGAAACCAAGGCACAAGACGCUGCAACAGCUGAGGCAUCAGCUGAUGCUGCAGACGAAGGACACGCUGAACAAGUAAAAGAGACAUCAUCAUAGGCGUAAUUGUUGUAUACGGCUCCUUGAAUAAUACCAAGCAAGAUUCAUGCCCAAAAACCUGCUGCACAAAAUUAUAUAUCCCUCCUGCUAUAUGCAACCUGGUGACAGUCCAUUGAUGCUCCAUAUCAUUAUGACUCUAAAAAUCCAUUGAAUCGUCCUCUCGCUCUCGCUUUACUUUUGCAACACCUUCAUCUUUGAUGAGAGCCGACACAAAUGAUCUGAAUUGCUCAACAUACGGCUUGAGGCUGGUCUUUUCCCAGUCAGCAACGUUGGCUUUGGACUUGUCAUCUUCAUCACCGUCCUCUCCACCCUUCCAAGUAUCGAUUUCCGCGAGUAAGCUUUGCACCGUAGGUACGCCAAGAGGAUCAAAGUCCUCGAGGUUUUUGGUAUCAAUGGGCACGCAGACUCGCCCCGUGCCUGGAUGCACAACAAAGGGGCUCUUGAGCAAAUGGUUCAGCUUCUUGCUGACUUCGAUAUCGAGGCGAGGAUAUGUAUAUUCCAGUACAAUAUCCUGCUUAGCUUCCAGCAAUCCUUUUGCGUCCAGAUGCUUACUUGCACCGGUCUUAGCCACAGCGUCAAUAUCAGCCCAUUUUGAUGUUGACGAUCGCCCUGGAGC